GUAAAACGCCAUAAUUUGUGUUUUCGGGUUAUAUGUAAGUUUGUUUGUGUGAAUGUUUACUAGGUAUGCUGAAAUGUUUAGUUGCGGUUGAAGACCUAACUUUGAAACCAAAGUACUUAAACGAGAGUUUUGCUGUGGUUGCCAUGGCGACCCAGAGUUUCAUGCCAGACAUGCAGGCUCUGAGUGCAGUGCAGCAAAAUUCUCCUGUCCCAUCACAACAACAAUCCCCACAGACAAGUAUCAGUCAAUCUAAUCAGACCCAGUCUAAUCAGGCUACCCACAGUCAAACUCAAACAUUAGAUGUUAGAACCCAGACUGCUAGUUCAUCUCUUGCAGGAUCUGUUACACAAGGUAGUCAAACUCCUCAAAAGUCACAACAAACCAUCCAAGGUGUUUCUGUAUCCUCUGCUAUUGCAGCAGCACAAGUUGUUGUUGCAACUCAUUCUCCACCUAUUUCUCAAACACAACAACAGACAGCUGAGACUGUCGUUCAACCUUCUCAACCCACUGGACCUUCACAAUUUAUAGCUGUAGCAGUUUCAGAACAUGAGAAUCAAGCAGAGGGAAAUGUCACUUUACAAGCUAAUCAAACCGUGCAUCCUACUUAUGUUCAGUAUGUUGACAGUGCAGGAGAACCUAAUAUUUAUGGUGCAAACAAUGGGCAAAUGGCAGGCUACUCGGUAUACAGUGUGACAGAUGCAUCAGCAAUGUAUACUCCAGCAACUGCUGGUUAUUAUAGUGGGGGGAAUGGCACACCUGUUACUUAUUCUCAGUUGAUGGAUGAAAGUAGUGGUUAUAAAGUUCAAGGCCAAGUUAUAGAAGCAGAGGCUCAUCAUAAUUUAGCCCCUGUAUCUGCUGCUGUUACUUUAACUAAUAGAAUAUCUCCUGUUUCCGAAGAUCCUCGGAAAGUGACUGAAAUCAUAUCACCUUUCACCAGUGAUCAGUGUGUCAUUCAAACUUUACAUAGUCCUCAUGAUACUUCACAACUUCAGUUAACCUCUCAACAGAAUCAAACUCAGUCUCAGCCUACACAUCAUUCACAGCAUCAAAAUGUCCGCGACAUGGAUAUUAUACAUGUGCAGUGGCUAAUAGAUAAUUAUGAAACUGCAGAAGGAGUUAGUCUACCUAGAAGUACUUUGUACAAUCACUAUUUGAGACACUGCUCUGAGCACAAGUUAGAUCCAGUUAAUGCUGCUUCUUUUGGCAAGCUAAUUCGCUCUGUUUUUCUAGGCUUGAGAACCAGACGACUAGGGACAAGGGGAAACUCCAAGUAUCAUUAUUAUGGUAUAAGAGUUAAGCCAAACUCUCCUUUAAAUCAAAUAUCUGAAGACAACUCGGGUCUGAGGCAGCAGGCAUUAAAUCAAAUAAAAAAUCGCUUCAAAGCUAAUUUACCUGCAAAAUCUGAAAGCAAUGAUGGUAGCAGUACCCCCAGUACUCCUGGUGUAGCUAGUCAAACAGAAAGUACUCCAACACAACCUCCACCUGUCCCUCAGCAUCAGCAUCAGCAUCAACAGUAUCUGGGAGAUGCAUCAGCAGCCAUUCCAAACUUCAUCGAAAUUGAUACGUGUAACUUUCCCUUACCUGAAGGGAUCCAUAUAGACCAUCUUGAGGCAUUUAAAUUAUUGUAUAGAGAACACUGUGAAGCUUUCUUGGAUGCAGUUGUUAAUCUACAGUUUGCCAUGGUAGAGACAUUAUGGCAGUCAUUUUGGAGAACUCAUAACAGUAGUAUUGCAAGAAGGGAACAAGAGAAGCUUCUGAGCAAGAGUAAAUUUUACCAGCUAUGCAAGCAUGAACCUGUACUUCACUUCAUGCGUAAAUCAGAUUAUCAGUUUUAUCAGAAUUUGGUUGAUGUUCUUAUUCCAGAUGUUCUUCGCCCAAUACCAAGUUCUCUUACUCAGGCGAUUCGAAAUUUUGCAAAAUGUUUGGAAUCCUGGCUUUCAUCAGCAAUGGUUGGCUGUCCAGAAGAAGUUAUAAAAGUCAAAGUGAGUGCAGUAAGUGCCUUUGCCCAGACACUAAGACGUUACACGUCUUUAAACCACCUUGCCCAAGCUGCCCGAGCCGUCCUUCAGAAUUCUUCACAAAUCAGUCAGAUGAUGGCAGACUUAAAUCGAGUGGAUUUUCAUAAUGUGCAGGAGCAGGCUUCUUGGGUCUGCCAGUGUGAUGAAAGUACUGUUCAUCGUCUUGGACAAGAUUUUAAAAUGACAUUACAGCAGCAGAAUUCUCUUGGACAAUGGGCUCAGUGGUUAGAAGGAGUGGUUGAUUUAGUUCUCCAGCCAUAUGAGGGGAAAUCUGAUUUUCCUAAAGCAGCUCGACAGUUUCUUUUAAAAUGGUCAUUUUACAGCUCAAUGGUCAUCAGGGACCUUACACUACGAAGUGCUGCCAGCUUUGGUUCUUUUCAUUUGAUUCGUCUCCUAUAUGAUGAAUAUAUGUUCUACCUAAUAGAACAUAGAGUGGCAAAGGCCAUCAAUGAAACUCCUAUUGCUGUUAUGGGAGAAUUCAUUGGAUUAGGAGCAAAGAUGAAUUCCAUAAAUAGUGAUGUAGUGCUGAAUUCCAAAAACAUGUCCAUUUGUGGAACAAGUAAAAAUAUAAUUGAAAAUGGGUCCUUAAAUGAAUCCAACUGUAGUGUAUCUCAGGAUAUGUAUAGCAGUAAUGCUGCCAUGACAAAUGGACUAAAAGAGGCAGCUGCUUUGCAAGCCAGCCUUAUUGGUCAACCUCAAGUGCGAUUUAUGAGUUCGGUGUCGGAAACAGGAAAUGGAGAAAAUAUUUCUCAACACAGUAAGAAAUUGAAGGCAGUCUGAUAUUAUUUAAUGCAGAUGCGGUGAAAAAAUCUAUUGCCUAACUUAAAUUUAUUUCAAAUGAAAUUCCCAUAUAAGUCAUGAAAUGCAGAGAAAGCUCUGAUUUCAUCACCAUUAUAUAUAUAUCUGAUAUAUAUAUAUAUAUAUGUAUGUAUAAAAAUGUCCAUAUUUUUUUUUCAAGGGGCUAUGCAUUUACUGUAGUUUACUUUCAUGCUUAAAGCGUAGACAGAAUGUAGUUUAAUUUAAAAACUGAAGAUCAAAAUAUAUAUGGGACAGUUUGAAAGUAUUUGUUUGUUUUUAUUUGUGUGUAUAUAAAAUAUGGAAAAAAAUUGUGUCGGCAAAAAUUAUGCAUUGAUAGUCAUGAACUUAAAAACUGCCUGUUACUACUUUUUGUGUGCAGUUUUAAAUGUCAUUUUA